CAGCAGCCGACAGGAGCAAAUCUUAACCAUAUUCGCGAAAUCGUGCUCAUCAUGUUAAAUAAAAUUGCGUUGUUGUUGACCCUUUUUGGGCUGGCCCAAGCUGCACUACUGCCAGUGAAGAAGUCCGGAAGUGACGACACCUACGAGUUGCAUCCACGCUACUCCUUCAACUACGACGUCCAGGACGCAGAAACCGGUGAUGUGAAGUCCCAGUCGGAGUCUCGGGAUGGAGACGUGGUCCACGGCCAGUACUCCGUGAAUGAUGCCGAUGGCUACAGACGCACCGUGGACUACACCGCCGAUGAUGUUCGUGGUUUCAAUGCGGUGGUGCGCCGCGAACCUCUCUCCAGUGCCGCGGUGGUGGCGAAGCCGAAGGCAUCUUAUGUGGCCCCCAAAGUUCAGUUGCAGCCUCUGAAGAAGCUGCCAACAUUGAAGCCUCUGUCCCAGGCAUCGGCUGUGGUGCAUCGAUCCUAUGCUCCAGUGAUCCACCACGCCCCAGUCACCCACCAUGUGGUGCACCACGCUGCUCCGACGCACUCCUUCGUUUCGCACCACGUGCCGUUGUUGAAGACCUCCGUGCACCACACCCACCAUCCGCAUGCCAUUUCCUAUGUUUUCUAG